UCUUCGAUCCUGAUAGUUCCUUUGCGAGUGGCAGGAAGCGUUUGAAAGAGGAAGAGUCACAAAAACCGACGCCAUCAACAUCAAAACAACAGAAGUUAUCGUUCGGAUCGGCUGUGAAGGGGAAGGAGAACGCCAAAACUGCUUAUUCUCUAUGGAUGGAGUGCAAUGAAGAAACACUCCAUGGAAUGUUCAGUGGAAAUCCGGAAGAUUUCGUGAAGUUUUGUGCCCAGCAGUUCCGAAUGCUCCCAGCAAUCGAGAAGAAAGAGUGGAAGGCUCGAGCUGAGAACUUCCAUCAGUGA